AUGGCAUCAUCUGAAAUAAAAUCUGGGGCAUUGGUUUCAUUGCAAGACCUACAUCCAUCUUCCCCUUAUUUCAAGCAAGGGGCUUCGUUGAGAGUAACUGGAAAGUUACAAGAGUAUUCUGUAGAGACGGCCAUUGCCACAAUUGUUGAUGGAAGUGACAGAUUAAAAAUCAACACCCAACACCUCAGGGAGCUUAGCUUUCGAGUCGAAUCCAUCUACCAGUUCAUCGGCGAGCUGCUUAUUCAACCCGGUAAUGAGGCAGUCUUGCAGGCACGUGUGGGCAGGAAUGUUGAUGGCAUUGAUCUCAAUCUCUAUUAUCAAUCUCUGCAAUUGUUGAGACAAUUUCAGGCUGAUCAUUUGAAUACCAUAUUACCAUCUACACCCAACCCAUCAAACAAUGCAAAAUGA